AUUGACUUGUAAAAGAUUCCCGAAAUCAAUCUAAUACAAACAACUCAUCUUUACCAAACUUCAUUACUUGCUGCUAGCUCAAACUCUUUUCUCAGCUUUCUCUAAUCUUGUUUCUUCCCCUAAUUUCUUCCAACUACGCAAUCCAACCAUGUCUUUGCUUAGCGAAGCCUUGUCCGCUAUACGGGAAGUUGUUGUCUCCAAUUUCUUUGACUAUCUCCUAGACAAGUUGGGUUCUUUUCAAUUCUUUCAAUUUCCCGGUGAAAAGCAGAUUCAAGAAGAGCUUGAGAAAUUGAAGAAGGAAUUGCUGGAGAUUCGUGCGUUGCUUGAUGAUGCUGAGGAGAGGCAGAUCAAAGAACAAUCUGUGAAAAUUUGGUUGUCAGAUCUCCAAAACAUGGCAUACGAUGUGGAUGACGUUGUGGACGAGGUCGAAACCGAAAUUGCCAGGCGCAAUUUGAAGUUGGAACGUCAUGGUAGCUCAAGUAAGAAAUCCAGACUUGAUACAUUCAAUGAUGUUUUCUGUAACAGUGACAUGAUGUCAAAGAUAAAAGAUAUCACUUCCAGAUUGAAAGAUUUAGAGCCUCGAAAAAAUCAGUUGCAACUGAGAAUGAUUGACUGCUCGAAAUCCAACAGAAUAAAAGAAUUGCAGCAGCCUACUUCUCUGGAGAUCGAAACUCAGGUGUAUGGCAGAGACAAAGACAAGGGGACAAUACUUGAAUUGGUCUUCAACGGUGAUGAUAACGGAAAUUUUGUGAUUCCCAUCGUUGGAAUGGGAGGGAUCGGUAAGACAACCUUGGCCCAACUUGUUUACAAUGAUGCUACUGUUCACGAUCAUUUUGAUCUCAAAGCAUGGGUUUGUGUUUCUGAUGAUUUUGAUGUCACAAGAAUAACAAAAGCAAUUUUCCAAGCAGUCACUUCAGAGCCAUGUAAUGACAAUGAUUUGAAUUCGCUUCAAAGAAAAUUAAAGGAGACGUUGUCAGGGAAAAAUUUUUUGAUUGUUUUGGAUGACGUCUGGAAUGAGAAUUAUCAUGACUGGACCAUUUUACAAUCUCCUUUUCUAACAAGGACUCCAGCGAGCAAAAUUAUCGUGACAACAAGAAGUUUUGCUGUUUCAUCUGCAAUGGGUGCUUCUUUUGCUCAUUCUUUGGAAGUUUUGUCAGAAGAUGGUUGUUUGUCUGUAUUUGCUCAACAUGCAUUGGGAGCAAAAGAUUUUGAAGGACAUCCAAAUCUAAAAGAAGUUGCUGAGAAAAUAGUGAGAAAGUGUAAUGGCUUGCCUUUGGCUGCUAAAACCCUUGGAGGCUUGGCUCGUACUGAUGUUGACCUUGAUGCUUGGGAAAAAAUAUUGGAGAGUGAGAUAUGGAAGCUAUCAGACCAUCGGUUUGACAUAAUUCCAGCUCUCCAAUUGAGUUACCAUCAUCUUCCUCCACAUUUGAAGCGGUGCUUUGCAUAUUGCUCCAUUCUUCCUAAGGACUAUGAAUUUCAAGAGAAAGAAAUAAUCUUGUUAUGGAGGGCAGAAGGCUUUUUACGGGAAGCAAGAGAUAAACGUAGCAUUGAAGAUCUAGGCCACAAGUAUUUUAGAGAUCUAGUAUCGAGGUCACUUUUGCAAAUAUCAAACCAAGAUAGAUCUCGAUUUGUUAUGCAUGACCUCAUCAAUGAUUUGGCUCAAUCAAUUGCCGGAGACAUAUGCUUUAAAAUUGAAGGUGGUCAGAAAACUUUAAAGCACACUCGUCACUUAUCUUACAUUGGUGGCAUGUAUGAUGGCAUCAAAAAAUUUAUCGGCAUUAGUGAAGCGCAACGUUUACGUACUUUUUUGCCAUUUAGGCUUUCCAAUUAUAUGCCUUGCUGGGUUACUAAUGACGUUCUAACACAUUUGUUGCCAAAUUUGAAAUGCCUAAGGGUGCUUUCUUUGGAAGGGUAUCUAAUCUAUAAGCUGCCAGAUUUUAUCGGAGAUUUAAAACACUUACGGUACCUAAAUCUUUCUCGCACUUUUAUUAAAUGCUUGCCAGAGUCCAUAAGUACCCUCUAUAAUUUAGAAACCCUUUUAUUAAGUUGGUGUGUAGAGCUUGAGAAGCUACCUUCAGAGAUGGAAAACCUAGUCAACCUAUGUUAUCUUGAUAUCACAGGUAUAAAUAGAUUAGAAGGCAUGCCAAGUAAUUUUUGCAGACUAAGUGAUCUUCAAACACUAUCCAAAUUUAUUUUGCAAAAGGGCAAAGGAUGUCAAAUAAGGGAGCUAGGGGGUUUAUCAAAUCUCAAGGGUCAACUUUGUAUUUCAGGGUUAGAGAAUGUGGUUGAAGCUCAAGAUGCACGGAAGGCUAAGUUACAUGAGAAAUCAGGACUGGAUAAGUUAGAAUUGAUGUGGAGUGAAGACUUUAACAAUAGAAAUGGAGAAAUCGAGACAGAAGUGUUGGAUUUGCUUCAUCCUUCAACAAAGCUUAAGGAGCUUGGCCUCAGGUGCUAUUAUGGUAUGAGGUUGGUGAAAUGGAUAGGGGAUUCUUCAUUCAAUAAGUUACUAUCUUUGUGCCUUGAAUUUUGUCCAAAUUGCAUAUCAUUGCCAUCAUUUGGGCAGUUGCCAUUGUUGGAAAACUUAAUAAUCAAGGCAUUGGAUAAUGUAACUAGUGUGGGAGUUGAGUUCUUUGGAAAGAAUGCACCAAAUGCAUUUCCUUCAUUGGAGACUUUAGAAUUUGAAAACAUGCUUAAAUGGGAGAAUUGGAACUUUUGUGAAGUUAACGAGGAAGCUAGGAAAUUCCCUAAACUUCGUGAGCUUCGUAUUGUGAAUUGCCCAGAACUGUUGGGGAGUAUACCGGAAAAUCUUCCUUCUUUGGAGAAACUUGUGAUUUCUUAUUGUGAGAAAUUGGUGAUUUCAAUUCAAAGCCUUCCAAUGCUUUCAGAAUUGGAUAUUGAAGGGUGCCACGGGAUAGUGUAUAAAGGUUUUGUAGAUGACAGCUCAUUAAAAAGAGUCUGUUUUUCAAGAAUUCCCAAGUUUACUUGUGCAGCAGAAUGGUUGACGUUAGGAUCAAUAAAAGUGGAAUCCCUUAAGGUCGACGAUUGUGAGGAGUUGUACUCUUUGCAAGAGAACAAUUGGGGAUUGCUAACUCAGUCGAUUUCACUUGGUGAAUUGAGUAUUGGAAAGUGGUCACAACUUGUCUCCAUAGGGGCAGAGGAGGAAAGAGAAGAAUUGAUGCAGUUAAAGAUCCCUUGUACCAUUCAAAAACUGACAAUAAGGGAUUGUGAAAGGUUAGAAAAGCUAUCAAAAACUUUGCACUACGUAUCAUCACUUAGGGUGCUAGAGUUUUGGUCUUGCCCAAAUCUGAUUUCUCUUUCAAACAACAAUUUGCCUAAGAAUCUAAAAAGCCUAGUGAUUAUUGGUUGUACAAAUAUUCGGUGUUUGUUCGAAGAGGGAGAGAACGUUAACAUCGGCAGUGUAUGUCUUCUUGAGCAUUUGAAUAUUAGCAGUUGUCCAUCUCUGAUUUCUCUUUCAAACAACAAUUUGCCUUCAAAUCUCAAAAGCCUAGCGAUUAUUGAUUGUAAAAAUUUACGGUGUUUGUUGGAAGAGGGAGAGAAUAUUAACCUCAGCAGUGCAUGUCUUCUUGAACGGUUGUAUGUUGACAAUUGUCCAUCUCUGAAAGUGGUUUGCCCACCUCAAACCUCAAAGUCCUCCGCCUCCGUUCAUGUGAAAAACUCCAAACUCUGCCCGACGGUAUUCACAACCUCAGCUGUCUAG